AUGGAUGAAAACUACGACCCAGCACACAAGACAUCCAGUAUCGCCAGUAAUGGCACUGUGCCUUCACUGUAUUCUGGAACGUCGACCAUAGCUGAUUAUGAUGAGACCUUUGAAGCACCAAGCAUUUCCAUCCCCACAUUCGAAGAUGACAAUGAUCAUUUGAAACAACAGAGCUUUCGUCUCGAGACUUAUUUCAAAAUGCAGUGCAUGCAGCCAAAUGGUGCUCAAGAUGAAGAGCAGCAGCAGCAGCAACAAGAAGAAGAACCAUCAUCAUCAGAGCAACUUCAGCAGCCACAGCCACAACAACAAGAGGAGGAAGAUAGUUCAUUGCAGCCACGACUUACCGAUGAGGAACGACGUGCCAACCACAUUGCUAGCGAACAACGACGACGCAACGCGAUCCGUACAGGUUUUAAGGAAAUGACCGAAUUAAUUCCCACGUUGAAAAACAUCCAUCAUUCAAAAAGCACCAUCUUGUUCAAAGCGGCUGAAUACAUUCGUCAACUUGAAAAGCGGAAUCGGCAUUUAAGAGAAAGACUCACAUCGCUGCAGCUACGUAUUCAACGACGAGAUCAUCAUAUGGAAACGUUAUCCAAUUUAAAGCAUCAACGACAAGUCGCCUUGCUUAAGGAACAACUAAGGAUACAGCAAGCAUUGUUGGAUAAACACAAUAUUGCAUACCCUCGGCAGCACCACCACCAGCAGUACUCUUAUUCCCCAUCAUCAUCAUCGUCAUUCUCUUGCACCACCACCACCAACACCACGACCACGACCAACACCACACCCGCCAUUCUCCGACAAAGUGCCCUUGAUGCUGGGAGCAUCAACAUCCCUGCUGAUGUAGAGGAUCCCACAACCAUAGCAAAUGGUACUCAAGCUUUUGUUAAUUUGCAUUCGAUCCAUCAUUCACGUGCAUUUCUUCCCUGA